GGUAGUAGCCAGCAGCAGCGACCAACGCGCAUCUCCCGUCGGCGAAACGGAAAACGCAACGUGAUAAACAAAUAACUCACAGGAACGCUCGGUCUGUAUCUGACUUUGGGGACAUUUAUCGUUUAUAGUGGUGUGGAGGUCGUGAUACAUACAAAGGGACCCCUGUGGAAGUAGCAGUGAUGUCUCAGGACAAGAGCGGCUACCCUGGAAUGGGGGAGUGCAACCCCCUCCACAGCAACGUCUACGGCCAGCCCAACCCCCCUGCGUUUGGGGCGCCUCCACCGAACUACAUGGGGGGCCCGGGGGCACCAGGGGCACCUGGAUACCCCGCCCCAGGCCCCUACGAUCAGCCAGGCUUCCCCCAGGGCUCCCCCUACCCUCAGGUGCCCUAUCCACAGAUGCCCUACCCACAGCAGCCCUACCCAGGCCCAGGGUACGGACAGGUCCCCCCACAGCCUGCCUUUGUCCCCAACCCCAAUGCACCCAUGAUGGACAGCCCUGGUUACCAUGGUGAGAACGGGCCUCCCUCAUACUAUGACAACGAGGAGUUUACCAACUCGGGCUUUGAGGAUAAGAGCAUCCGCCAGGCCUUCAUCAGAAAGGUGUUCUUGGUCCUGACGGUGCAGCUCCUGGUCACCUUCUCCUUCGUGGCGGUCUUCACCUUCCACCAAGAUGCCAAGAUAUUUGUGCGCCGCAACCCGUGGACGUACUACGUGUCCUACGCCAUCUUCUUCGUGUCCCUGAUCGUGCUGAGCUGCUGCGGAGACUUCCGCCGCAAGCACCCAUGGAACCUGAUCGCCCUGUCCAUCCUGACUCUGAGCCUGUCCUACAUGGUGGGGAUGAUCGCCAGCUUCUACGACACCGACACCGUGAUCAUGGCUGUGGGCAUCACCGCGGUGGUCUGCUUCUCCGUGGUGCUGUUCUCUCUGCAGAGCAAGUACGACUUCACUUCCUGCCGCGGGGUUCUGUUUGUGUGUCUGAUCGUGCUGCUGCUCUUCUCCAUCCUCUGCAUGUUCAUCCGCCACAAGAUCCUGCACAUCGUCUACGCCUCGCUCGGCGCGCUGCUCUUCACCUGCUUCCUGGCCGUGGACACGCAGCUGCUGCUGGGCAACAAGCAGCUGUCUCUAAGCCCAGAGGAGUACAUCUUCGCCUCCCUGAACCUCUACACCGACAUAAUCAACAUCUUCCUCUACAUCCUGGCCAUCGUAGGCCGCACGAGGGAUUAAGCGCUCGGCGCCCCUCAGUGGAGAGGAGGGGAAGCGGUGUGGAAGGAAGCGGAAAUAAAAUCAAGCGAAUGGUUGUCGUUUCUUCUCUCCCUCUCCCUCUCUAUUUCUCUCUCUCUCUCUCUCUCUCUCUCUAUCCUGUCGUCACAACUUUUCCAAAGAAUCCUGCACCUCCGCCUCCAUUUUCCACCCUCCCUCCACCCACCAGUGAAAGUAGGCGUGAUUGGCCGAACGAUUGACUGACAGACAGACCAACCAAUGAGAGCCUCUCUGCCCUGUGGAGAGCAGACGAGAAGGGCACGUUUUUAAAUCCGUAUUAUUUUAACCACUUCAAACUGUCUGAGGCCCUCCCGCCUAACAGACGCGUUAUCCGUGUAAGGUUUUGUUGAAACUCUGCACCAUGCCGUGCUCCGUGCUGUACAGUUCGCUUCCGCAGCCGUGGCGUUGGAGACGCCGACCUCUCGUGAGAGAAGCCGGAAGGAUGCAUGUUUGAGCUCAGCACUCCGAAGGCUGCGGAUGGGACGGAUAAGACACCGAUGUGCAGCAUCGCCGGCUAGAAAACGGGUGUAAUUCUUUUGUAGUGGAAAAAAUCUGACCCGUUAAUACACUCUCGCACCACAGAAUGUUGCCCCUCUGUAAGCUUUCGGUGUAACCACCUGUGCAUGCUGAUUACGACACUGCUCAGAUAGACAGGCGGAGAGAUCAAUCUGAGGACAGACUUCCUUUGCUUCUUGCUAAGCUGUUAAUAGCACAUCACUUUUCAACCCCCAGCUCUCCUCCUCUCUCAUUUCUUCUCUCUUUUCCCAUCCGCUCUCUUCCCCCCUCCCCCACCUCUCUCUCUCUCUCUCUCUCUCUCUCUCUCGCUCUCUGUCUCUCUGUGCAUGCCUGCUCUCCAUGUGCGACCCUGACCCAGUGCUACAUGGGAAAUAUAACAGAAUGUGCAGACAUCACUGUAUAAGUAACCUGUCACUCUGUUGUGGAACAACAAUAGACAACCUAGAGAAGAGAAAAUAAUACAAGAGAAUCUACACCGGUAGAGCUAGACAUUUGUACUCCUAAAUAGACACUGAUCUCGAGGAAAAAGGCCUUUUAAAUAGCACUCCCAGCACAGGCGAGAAGGAGGAGGUUGCGGUGUUCGUUUUGGUGAUUGACCAGAACAGUUUCUAAAAGGCCUGUUGUUACCACUUUGUGUUCCGUACUCGAUAUUUGCGUUCUCCUUUUCAUCCGAAUCACUCCAGUGUUUCCACUCCUCCCCUCCUGUCAUCCACUUGUCUCUCUUCCCCUCUGCUGCUUCUAUGUAUCUCUUUUGUCCUCUGUCUCUUAACAUAGUGGUCUUAGUGUUGUGUUUUUUCCCAUCUAAACUAAUGUGAAAUUUUGAAAAGUAUUGAAAGAAUUCUCAAUUUUUUGUUUUGUUUUGUUUUUAACCAAGCACUCUGAGGGGUUCGGAAGUUAUGUACAUUAGGCAUUUUAACAUGUUCACAAGCAUUGGACACUUCUCCAGUGUGUGUAGUUGUAAUUAUUUAUGAUAUAUUUAUUGCAGACUGUAUAGGCUAGGCUGGAAUUGGGCAGAUGUAUUGGUUGGUUAUUUUGUCUUUUCUCUCUCUCUCUCUCUCUCUCUCUCUCUCUCUCUGUAAACGUUGUGGUUUCAGGCUUUCACAAGAUUAGCAAAGAGCAUUAUCAUCACAAACAAUCUGACCUCCAGAAGUGGUGAGAUUCCAUUUUCAAUUUCAAGCCCCAACACGUUACACGUGUCUCAUGGUGCUUUCCAGAGUGUUAAACAUUCAGAGAGCCCAUGAGAUGCUUCCAAAAUCCACAAUGUGUAAAUGCAGUAUAUAUAGUCAGCAGAAUUUUAUUCAGGCUUACCGUUGCCUUGUACCCUUGGACGUUAACAUAUUUGAACGCAAAUUAAUCAUCUAAUAUAUCUUCAGAAUUACCGCUGUGAGUGGAAUAGAAUUUAUGAAAUACACUUCCAUUAAAUGCCUCCAAAGCCAGGGGAAACAUUGAUUUGGUCACAGAUGCAUUUCAAUGAAAAUCUGUUAUAACUCAACGCAAAUGUUUUUGCAUGAAGAGAGAGAUGGACAGACCAGUGUAUUUGUGCUGUAAAUCUAAUAAAUGGUGGAUUGAAUGUUUAUUUCUAAAUAAAGGAUCUGCAGGAAAAUGGUAACAAAAAAAGAGAAAAAAAAAGACUGCUUCCUCUCAACUAACCUGCAUGUGGCGCUGGUGUGUACUGAAACUGCUGUUGCUGGGAGACGCCUCGAGAAAGCCCCUCCUGCCUCCCCAUGUUUUAGUUCUGAUCUGCAGCCCUCUUUUAGACCUCUGAUUUCUAUGUUUGUGUUUGUAACUAACCGCCGUCCGUAAAGCCUCUUGUAGUGGACUGAGUGUAUAGGGUGAGCUUUGGCCUUUGUAGUUCUGUUUGCACUGUACAUUUGCAUAAAACUGAACUGGGAUUGUAUUCCUCUUCACUGCUGUAUGCUUUACAUUAAAACAAGAAACAAAACAGAAA